AUGCAAAUAUAAAAAAGAAAACAAAAUAAUACUUAUGUUAACCAUGAUUCUAAAUAUGAUUUUGGAUGGCUUUUAAAUUUUACAGAUGCAUUCUCAAAGUUUGAGUUGCAACAAUCAAAUAUGAAGCCGUUACCAAAAGCUCUUUAGUAAAAUGACUUUCUUCUAUAAUCUGAGAUUUACACAUAUAAUUUAGAAUAAGAAAAAUUUGUGUUACAAAAAAUGGAAUUAUAUCCUAAUAUGAUUAUAUAGGAUAAAUAGUUUAUAAUAUUGUCAACUUGUUCAAUAUAGAAGACAAGAAUUGAAUAUCGUGAAUUCAGUGCUUAAGGUUUAAAAUUGAGUAAUCAACUUGGAUAUACUUAUUUGUUCUUUACAACAUUAAAAGAUUUAACGAAUGUAAAGAAUUUAAGUACAUUUAGUGGACUAAAUAUGCUAAGAAAUUCUGUAAAUUGUCCAAUUUUUUAUAAAAAUAUACAAUUAAAGAGAAAACAAAUGUGCCUAAUGUUUUUGCUUGUGUUAAAAAUAAGAAUAAUUCUGUUUAUACAGUUAAUAUAUUUAGAUUAUAAGACUUUGACAAAAAUCCAUCACAUUAUGAAUAAUUGAUGAAUGAAGUGAAUAUUUUAAUGAGUUUAAAACACCCUUGUUUGCUUAAAUAUUGUUCUCUAUAUGAAGACUAAUAUCAUUUAUAUAUAUUAUACGACUAUUGGGUUGGAGAUCCUUUAUAUAAGUUACUUGAAUAAGGUUUAGUUUUGAAUUCUAUUUAAAUAUCGAAAAUAGUGUAUUAAUUAAUUAAAUUUGCAAAAUUUCUGCAUAAGUAAAAUUUGUAUCAUGCAUAAAUAACUCCUCAAAAUAUAAUUCUAUUAAGAAAUGGUUCUUUAGAUCAAUUAUAAAUAGUAUUAAUUAAUUUUGCAUACAGAGAAGAAAUAGGAGUUGUUUAAUUAAUAAAGAAAUUACCGAAAUAAUGGGUACCUCCUGAAAUGUAACAAUGUAAUAUUCAAUUUCCACAAAAAAUUGAUUAAUAUUAAAUAGGUUGUACUUUGUUUUAUCUUUGUGUUUAUAAACCUCUAAUUAAAGGGAGUUGUUAAUCAUUUAAUAAAUCAAUAGAAAAUCUUGAUAUAUCUUUUCUAAGAUUAAGAUAAGAAUCAGCUUUAGCAGAGAAAUCCAUCUUAAGUUUAUCUUAGAUUGAUUUACUACAAUAUUUAAUAUAGCCAGAUCCACUUAAACGAAGAGAUCUAUCAGAAUUAAGUAAUCAUCAUUGGUUUGUUAAUGAAAAAGCAAAAUUUAAAUAAAUUGGAAAAUAAAAAUUGUUACCUAGUUUAAGGACUAUUUUAGAAAUUAGGGAAUAAAGUUCUAUGGAAGUGAAAUUAAGUAGACUAAAUUAGAGAUUAAGUAUUACAAGCAUAGAAUCAGAUAAUGAUGAAGAUAUAAAUUUAUAAGAUCUAAAUUGUCCAGAGGAUAAUUAAUUAACUGAUUUUAUAUCAAUUCUAAACUCGUAGAACUUAAGUGUUCAUAAAUGCUGA